GAUGACAGAGGAGAAUAUAGAAAUCACAACGUUUUCUCAGUUUAUGUCCAGUUUCGAAACUUUAUUAUUUAAAGCAUUGCCUACUGUUAUUGGAAUGGUAUUAGAUGGAGAUUUAUGAAAAUAGGAAUUGAGUAUACUUACAACAUUAGUGAAUAUGUAUUUCAUUAUAGGAAGAGAUAGUAAUAAUAUAUAAUUAUUGAAGAUGUGAUUGGAAUAGGCUUUGGGACAAUAUAUGUGAAUUUAUUAGUAAAAGGAUUAUUGCUUUGUAUGAAUUCUAGCAUUACUUCCAUAAUGACUAGAUAGUUUAAAUAGCAUCAAUAUGUGAAGAUUGGGAUCUCAUAUUAAAGAUCUUUAUUAUUAAAUGGAGUAUUUUUGAUUGUAAUAACUCCUGUGAUAGCUGGUUCAACAUUUAUCCUAUCUUAAUUCAAUAUUCCAAUGUAGGAUAUCAUUCUAAUAUUAAAAGAAUAGUAGCUGAAAAAGCUAUUCAAUAUGUAUGGGAAAUGUUACCAGCCUUAUAUGCAUUCACAUAUUUUGAUUGCACAAAAAAUUAUCUGACUUCCAUGGGUAUUGAUUAUCCAGUCUUAGUGAUACAUACAUUUACUACAGUAAAUUAAUUCAUUAUCAUAUAAAGAUUUUGCAUAUAUAUUUAUCUAAAUAAUUGAUAGUAUAUUUAGACCUUGGCAUAAGAGGAGCAGCAUGGUGUAAGAAUUUUUCAAGUUGUACAUCCUCAUUGCUUUUAUAUAUUUACAUCUUUAAAUAUUAAAAAAAUCAUCCUGCUUGGAUUGAAUGGGACAGAAGAACAUUAAAAUCAAUUUUUUAAUUUUCAUAUGGAUUAUUGCAUUCCUCUUUUAAAAACUAUUUGUAAAAUGUGUCUUUUGAAAUAAUGGGAGUUGUUGCAUUGUGGUUAACAUAUGAAGAAUUCUCAGUUUGUGUUUGCCUCAUUUUUACAGCUUAAGCACUUUACAUGUUUUUUUUAGGUGUAUCUAUGACAGCUGCUUCUAGAAUAAGAAGACUUUUUAAAGAACAAGAAUAUGAAAAGGGAAGAAAACAUGUUUGGCAUUAUUUAGCAACAAGUUUAAUGACUGGAAUAUUGUUAAGUUUGUUAUUGAUUGUAUUUAAGAAAUAAUGGAUUGCUUUAUUUUAUAUGGAUAAUGAAACAUCACUUAUCUUAUCUAAUAAUUUAAAAUUGUUCUUACCUACUCUUACAAUUGGUGGGAUGCAAAUUAUGCUUGCUAAUCUAUUGGGUGCUUUAGGAGAAGUAUCAUUUACUAUAAAUGUUUAAUUGUUAUGUUAAUAUGCAAUUGGAAUAGGUACUGGAAUCUAUUGGGGAUAUUAUGAAGAUUAUGGAUUGAAGGGAUUAUGGUUUGGAUGGGCAUGUGGAUUGUCAGUAAGUGCUGGAGUAUUAUUCUUGAGAUUAAUAAUGUUAGAUUGGGAAAAGAGUGCUACUAAAAUGUUCAUUGAAGUUAGAGAAGAGACAAAUCAACUAAAACAAUCAAUAAAUUGAU